AUGGCGAUGUGCACCUCAGGGAAGCGGGAGGAGUUCAUCCUGACGAACACGAAGGCCGAGGAGACUGAGGCACACUCCGCAGAGGAUCAGGCGCCGUGGGAGCCCCCGCGAGCGGAGGCCAGAGCUCCCGCCGGGCGGCCCCUGGCGCCGCUCCCGCUGCCACCCGCCCGCGCCCCGCCGUCCUCGGCCCUGGCAGCGCCCGCUGCUCCGCCGUUUGCGGGCCGGUCGCCCGCUUCCGCCGCCGCGCUGCAGGCCUCCAGCGGGGUCGCCGCUGCCGCCGACACGUCUCUGCGGCAGGAGGCCCAGGGCGAGCUGCGGGAGCUCGCGGGCCUCGCGGCGGCCCUGCAGGCGCAGCGCCUCGCCACGCGCGCCCUCGAGCAGGCGCAGCGGCUGGAGAGCCCGAGGUCGCCGCAGGUGCGACGGGCGGCGCUGCUGCGGCUGCGGGUAAUGAAGCGUUGCAUGCACGUGCGUAAACUGAAGCCCGAGUGGGAGACGGCCACCAGAAGCGGCGUCCGCACUUGGGAGGCGGCCUGGAAGGAGUGGGAGAAGAGUGUCUCGCUCUACGAGGCCCAGUCCCUGGAGAAGGUCACGGAAGGCACGAGGAUUGCUGUCGUGGUCAGAUGGGCUCCAGAGGACGUGAAGGCCGUGGUCCGCCAGGCCCUGGGGGCGAUCGGCCAGGACUACAACAAGCUGGCCAAGGUCGUCACAGACUACAUCGCGAGUGGUAAGGUUUACGAGACCACAGGAGCGCCCCACGGCAUCCAGUACUCGAAUGAUGGGCCCAUGCCGAUGGACGUCGGGCUGGUGAAUGAGAAUGGCGACGUGGGUGGCAUCUUCAAACCUCCCAAGGGGUACGGCGAGCAGGCGAGGAUGGAUGCUGGAAAAGGUGGUGGAUCAGCGAACCAGGCGAAGGGCAAGGUCAAGGAUAAGAAGGGCGGCAAGGGCGGCACAGAGAAGAAGAAGUGCGACAAGUGCGGGAAGCUGGGCCACGAGACCAAGGACUGCAGGUCACACAUCAAGUGCGACAAAUGCGGGGAGCAAGGCCACGGGGCUUCGGAAUGCAUGCCGAAAACAGAGAGUGCUGAAGUCAAGAGGAUAGUCAACGAGGAGGACGAGCUGUGGGUCAUGGGCGUCGCCGAGAGUGUGAACACCAUCGACGACGGCAGCAAGUGCGUGUGGGUCUCGAUCGACAGUGGGUCGGAUGCCGACGGGUGCCCCCUUGGCUUCGGUCACUCGAGCGACGACGUCGACGACCCUGCCAGAGUGGAGCUGAGGACGGCCACGAACGAAGAUAUCCAGGAUUACGGCGAGCGGAACGUCGGCAUCGCGUUCCUGGACGAGACCGGCCGCGAGGUGAUGGCCGCGAACCGAUUCCGCAUCGGAGACUUCAGCAAGCCUGUGCUCAGCUGUGGCAUUCGGGUCAUGAGAGGUGCCGUCAUUCACCUUGAGACGGGGAACAGCUACAUGGCGCCGCCGAGCGUGAACGGCACCCAGAGGCGGGCGCUCGCAGACAUCGAGUGGCACCUGUUGUUGACCAAGCGGCUCAAGAGCAAGAGCAUGCACCAGCGCCGCCACAAGAACCCCAAGCUGCACCUGCACCGCCACAGGAACCUCAAGCUGCACACGCACCACCGCCAGAACCUCAAGCUGUACCUGCACCACCACAGGACACGCCUGAAGGAACUGAGGAGGCUGGGGAUCAUUGGUGCAGCCAUCUACGGCACCAAGAAGCAGCUAUGGGAGAGGCUCGUCAAGUGCGAGCACCAGCUGGGCGAGAAGAUGAAGGUCAAGGAGGCCCUCGAGGAGCGCCAACGGCGACUUCAGGAAGGCGUCGAUCCCGAAGUGCCGAGGGCGCUAAAGGUCCCAGAGAGGCCAGGCGCGGAGACCGUGAGGCAGCAUGAGCUCACCCACGCGAAGUUCGAGCCCUGGUGCCUGGAGUGCGUGUUCGGAAAGGGAGAUGCUGCACCUCAUCGCGGAGUCCAGUUCCUCACGGACAAGGAGCCAGAGGUGCCCGUUGUGCAGAUAGACUACCACUUCUUGAAGGGCGACGGCGACGAGGCCGAGGACGCGGCCAACCGCUUCGCCACCACGCUGGCCGUCAUCGACUGCGACACGGGUGUCCCUUUGCAGCUCAGCCCCCCAGAGAAAGGAGGCAACCAUGACUACGCGGUGACCUCGAUCGUGAGCUUCCUCAGGAGGCUAGGCGCCACGCGGCUCAGGCUCAGGAGCGACGGGGGGCCGAGCAUCGUCAGCAUAGCGAACGCGGUGGCGGCCAAGAGGCUCAUGUUCGACAACCGCAAGGUCACAGUGGAGCAGGCCCCCAGGUACUCGUCGCAGUCGCUCGGGGCCGUGGGGGCGCAGCAGAAGAUCUCACAGGGCCAGGCCAGGACGAUCAGAGCAGCAACAGAGAAGAUGCUGGGUAUCAAUAUAGGGCCGAGUCAUGUUUGGUGGCCGUGGCUUGUUAGACACGUGGGCUUCACCGCGGAGAUGUUCCACGUAAGGUCGAAUGGGCGGACUCCUCAUCAGGAUGCGACUGGCACCGAGUGCCACGGCGUCAUCCUGAAGUUCGCAGAGGCCGCUAUGUUCAAGCAUCCGAUGUCGUCGAGUGGCCACGUGACUGGAGGCGGGCGCAGUCGCAAGACAAAGUCGACGUGGGAGAAGGGCAUCUUCUUGGGCAAGACCUACGAGAGCGACGAGGUCCUCAUGGGGGCGAGCAGCGGGGUGCACCUGGUUAGAACGGUGCGCGGGCUUCCAGAAGAAGACCAGAGCGACCUCGAGCUCGUGGCCAAGAUGGUCGGGGUCCCCUGGGGCCGAGGCAUCGGCCAGAUCGGAAGGCCGAAAGGCAAGAAGGUGGUCAUUCUCCCGACUGCCCCGCCUGAGAAGAAGCAGGAGGAGGCAGAGGUCGACGACGCCAAGGAGGAGAAGAAGGUUCCAGACACCGCGGUUGAGAAGGGAGUUGCCGAGGACGGGCACAGCUACGCGAGUGCCAGGAGCAGGACAGGCAGCGGCUACAUGGAGGACGUGGGGCCCCCUACACCGAGGCAAGAAGCAGGCGACAGCUCGUCAUCUCGUCCUGCCCAGCCGACUGGGGAGUCAGAGGUCCCAGAGAUCGAGAUGGGCACCGUUGGAGGCGUCGACGGCUUCGUGAUGGACGAGGUCGACCCGAUGCCCGUCAUGGACCCAGAGAUGGACAUCGACUGGCACGAGGGCGAGUGCGACGUUGACCUCGUCAAGGCAGGCAAGUGCAAGGAUAUCGACGCGAUGCAGGAGUUCGAUGUGUUCGAAGCCGUGUCGCCUGACGAGAUAGACUCUACCUGGGCAAGGCUGUCGACCAAGUGGGUGUACCAGGAGAAGGGCGAAGAGAUUCGCUGUCGCUUCGUCGCCAGGGAGUUCAAGAGCAUGGACCCCGAGCGCGAGGGGCUGUUCGCGCCGGCCAGCGAACCCGCGACUGGCAGGCUCAUAGAUUUCAAAGCGGUGAAGCGGAACCAGCCCACAGUCAUCAUUGACGCCGUCAACGCCUACUUCCACGCGGACCAAGACAGGCUCGUGGCAGUUGUACCGCCUCGGGAGUGGAUCGAGGCAGAGGCACUCAAGGGCAACGCCACGAGGACGAUGUGGGGGAUGAAGAAGAAGCUCUAUGGCGAGAGGGACGCGAGCAGAGGCUUCAGCGACUUCAUGAACCGUACUCUCGUCUCAGAGAUGGAGUUUGAGCAGUGUCCUGACCAGCCAUGCUUCUAUCGUCGAGAACGGGAUUCAGUGGACCUGAGGCUUCACCAGGAUGACAUCUACGCGACCGCCGACGACAUCAAGCUUCAGGUAUUCACGACCGAGCUCGGCAGUAAGGUCAAGAUCAAGGUGAGCAAGUUAUUCAAGGUGGGUGCGGAGUACCAGCAUCUGAAAGAAGGGCGAGUGAGAGUUGAGGAUUGCAUGUUCUUGACUGGCAACAAGAAGUACGCAGACAAGAUCAUAGAGCUACUGAACCAUGGCAAGGCCAAGAGCUCGCCCACGCCCAUUGUGACGAAGCUGCUGAAGGAGGACAGCGAGCACCCUCUGAACGCCGAGGAGACCAGGCUCUACCGACAGUGCGUGGGCAUCGCGAGGUACAUGGUCAAUUACGUCACCGAGGCCACGUUCGCUGUUCACGUGCUGAGCAAGAGGUCGGCUGCGCCCACCGACAACGACAUGAAGAGGCUCAAGCACCUCGGCAGGUAUCAACUUGGAGUUCGUGACUAUGCGCUGUUCUUCCCUCGAGCUGGAGAGGCAGAUAUCUUGGAGUGCUGCGCCGACUCGGAUUGGACUGGAGACUCCAUCGACAGAAAGAGUGUGUCAUGCGGGGUGUUGUGCUGCGGCGGCUGCGCGCUCCUCGAGCAUUCGCGCGGCCAGAGCAGCCGUGCGCUGAGCUCAGGGGAGGCGGAGUACGACGCGUCAGUGACGGCCGCUGCCGAGGCGAUCCACCUCCAGAGCGUGAUGGGGUUCCUGGACAUGGACGUGAAUAUCAAGAUCCGCAUGGGCUCUGCUGCGGGGAAGGCAGUCUGCCACCGCAUCGGAGUGGGGGGGAUUCGCCAUCUGGAGGUCCGCACUCUGUGGCUCCAAGCUAAGGUGCGAGACAAGAAGCUGGUGGUGAUCAAGCAGGCUGGGGAGACGAACCUAGCCGACGUGGGGGCCAAGGCGCUGACGAGUCAGAGGUUCCACUGGCUGAGGACGCAGUUGGGACGGCGCCCGUUGGCGGGCGCGGAUGACAUGGAAGAGAGCGCGGCUGUUCGGGUCAACUUCGUGAGCGACUCGACGUCCAAGAUGGCGAGGGUCGGCGCGGCCCUGGUUGCUCUCCUGGGCAGCCUGGGGUCGGUGAAGGCAGACGGUGAGUGCGACAUCUACGGCUGCGAGACGGACAAGAAGGAGAUCAUCUUGAAGGACGCGCGCCUCGGGACUGGCGUGCACCUCGAGGGCGUGAUGCUUAUCGUGGCCAUGGUCUUCAUGGUGAUCGUGGCAUGCGCAUUUGGCAGCUGUGCUGGCUGGUGCGUCGGCUACUUCGCGAGGCCGAACCGCGCCGAGGAGAGCAAGCAGAUGGGGGAGAAGGUUGAGUUCCCCCAGAGGGUCACCACGGCCAAGAAGGGGAAGAUCGAGAGCAGGACCGUCUCGACCCAGAGCCAGGACCGCCAGCUGAAGGGCUUGAGCGACACCGCAGUGACACGUUUUGCCAAUGGGGGCGUGCAGAGGUUCGAGGGGUUCCGAGCGAGGGUAAUGAAGCGUUGCAUGCACGUGUGUAAACUGAAACCAUUUGUGAUCAAUAUCGCCCAGGAGAUCUGGGACCGGGAGCACCCCGAGGUGGCGGCCAGCCUGCGCAGGUGCGAGCAGACCAAGCUGGACCUCCAGACGGCGACCGCCGAGCUGGUCUCUAUGACGAGCAUCAUGAGCGCGUCGGGCGCCAGGGCGACGGCCGCCUCGUAGGGGCGUGGCCGGCACGGCGGCGCGGAUGCGCAA